GACCAGGAUGAAAUCACUGGCCUCAUUGCAGAUCAGCUGCGAUUGCAUUAUUACCGGUGAUUUGCAUGCAGCCCCUCUACGGCUGGGCUUGUCGUCUAAUUGACCGUGUGCACGAAGUAGCGACUGAGUCGGCAGGAAUAGCCGGAGACGUCCACUCAAGACCAACCAUGGAGGUCCAGUUCCUGGAACAUCUACGGCACUCACUACUGCUUGAUAGAAACAAAGACCUGAUCAUAGACAAGCUGCUGAGUCUCACCAUGGAGAUUAUAGGUCUGCUGACUAGAGAGGAUUUCAUUGUUGUGAGAAAAUCGGGUGAGCAGGUGACAGACAUCAGCGGCCCCCCUGUGUCAGACAGAAGCAGCGGCACCCAGAGCCCAAACACGGAGGCUCCGUCUCAUGUGCCAACAGAGGACAGGAACCAUGACAGGAUUAUCCAGGCACCUACUGAGGAAUCUCACAGAGAGACAGAACAGGUGCCUGGGAAGUGUAAUGAUGUGGAGGUCUCGUUCUCUGUGACAGAGUGGGAUUAUUCAGGCGGACACAAGGACGUUGAAAUGGACCCUCCUCAGCUGCGUGACUCAGUGGGUGAAUGUAGCUCUAGAAGCCCCCCAGAACGAUGUGAGACCCCUCUGCAUUCUCGGGAUUGUAUAAAGGAAGAGAACCGGAUUCUCAUAGAGGAUUAUCAGGCGGAGACGGGACACAGGAUGUAUCACCCGCAGUGUAAGGAAGAGGGGCCCAUCCCUGAUCCCACCAGCUCAGGUGGGUGCAGCUCUAGAAAUCCCGCAGACCCCUGUGAGACCCCUCUAUACUCUCCGGGCUGUAUAGAGGAAGAGAACAGGACUGUGACACAGGAAUAUCAGGAUGAGCUGGGAGGCGUGAUAUAUCACCGGCAGUGUAAGGAAGAGGCCGUUCCUACUGAGAUCAGCCCAGGUGGGUGUAAUCCUACACAUCCCGCAGACCCAUGUGACACCCCCCUCUAUUCUCCGGGGUGUAUGGGAGAAGAGAACAGGAUGAUCAGCCAGAAUUAUCAGGCUAUACUAGAAGACGGGAUGUGUUACCAGCAAUGUAAAGAAGAGGCCGUCACCGCUGAGAUCGGAUCAGGAACGGAGGGUGGUGUAGAGCUGGAUGCUGGUGAUCACCAAGGGCUGCAGGAAUUCUUCCCAGAGUCCAGUGCAGGUCCGCACGCCUCCUCACACUAUCCUGAGAAGACGCAUCAGUGCUCGGAGUGUCAGCAAUGUUUCCUUAAUCAUUCAGCCCUCGUCACCCAUCAGCAAACGCAUAGUGCCAGUAAUCUGUAUAGGUGUUCGAUGUGCGGAGUGCGUUUCAGCUCCAGAUUGGCCCUUACCGCCCACCAGCAAUCACACGCCGAGAACAAAAUGCUCCAUCGUCCUUAUAGCGGGAAGUCUUUGCACCAGAGGUCACAUCUUCUGUCAUAUGGGAGGACUCACACCGGGGAAAGCCCAUUCUCAUGUCCGGAGUGCGGGAGAUGCUUUGAGAAAAGAUCUACGUUUGUUAGGCACUGGAGGAUACACUCUGGCGAGAAACCGUUCAAGUGCACGGAAUGCGGGAAGCGCUUCACCCAAAGCUGCACCCUUGUGAAGCAUCACCGCACUCACACCGGGGAGAGACCGUUCGUGUGCUCUCAGUGCGGACGCUGCUUCUCUCAGAGCUCAAAUCUUGUUCGCCACCAGAUAAUUCACUUCGGGGGGAAAUCUUGACAUCUUUUGUGUUCUAGGGCGAAUGGACAGUUAUUGGGAUAAAUUAGGAUUGUUUACGAGCUGCAGAAAAUAUUAACUCACAUCACUCCUUUAUCCACCAAAGGAGUUUUAUUCAUCAGGUUCAGAUUUUCCAGGUUUAUGGAUUCAUUUGCACAGGAUGGAAAAUAAAACAAAUAUCCCGUCAUGGCCAGGACUUCUGCCAUUAUCUUUCAUUCAAAACGUUUAUAUUCGGCUCCUUAAAUACUUGGUUUAUCUUUCAUGUUUUCUGUAAAGUGGAUAAGAUAAUGUUUGGUCAUGUCGGCAAAGCUGCAUCAUCUGCCGACUGCACUGCACACCCUGUCGUUAUCCCCUAUCUCCAGGAGCAGGACCGGCGUGUGUUAUCACUUAUGUCUGUCGUAGACGACACAGCAGAUGGGCAGACACAUUCAUUAUAAACCAAAUAAAGGGAGAAUAUUACUAUAUUUUAUUCAUUAGGUGGCACAAGGGUUCUUAGCGCCGUACACAAUAAAACAGUAAAUAAAUUCACAUUGGUAGAUCCAAAAAUACAGAGAGUAGUUAGCAUCAUUAUGUAAAGACAAAGGGAAGAAGGAGCUUGCAAUCUAUAGAGGAUAUGGGUGGACAGAGGCUGCAGAGUUAGGAGGAGGGUGGUAAAUUAGAAUGAAGAAAUUAGUUUUAAGGGGAGGCUGGGAGAGAGUCUGAGGGAGGGAAGGACUGGCAUUGCAGAGAUUAGGAGCAGCUCAGGAGAAAUCCUGAAUGUGAGAGUGGGAAGCAGCAGUCAGGGAGGUGAGACAGCAGUCAGAGUGCAGAGGGUGGGAGAGAGCAUGUGAGAAAAUGAGGCUGGAGACAUAGGGAGGAACCAUGAGCUCUAGAGCUUUGUAGGUGAAAGAGAGAGGAGCUUUUGUUUGAUUUGGAGGCGGAUGAGAAGCCAGCAGAGGUGGAGUGAUGAGAGAAGAAAAUGAGGUGGGCAGCAGAGUAGCAGAUAGCCUGGAGAGGAGUGAGGCGGGGGUCAGCCAGGCCAGAUGAUAGCAGAUUACAGUAAUCAAGGCGGGAAACAAUGAGGACGCGGAUUAAAGUUUUAGUAGCUCCCGUGGGAGGAUCGGCCUGAUUGCUAGACAUUAAACUUGAUAGAGGAGAGUGAGACGUUGCCAUCAGAGAGAGGAAGGGUGGGAACAGAGGGAUCGUGGCUGGUGGAAAGUUUAGUUUUUGAAAUAUUAGUCUAUUUUUGUACCACUAAUUACCCUGUACUGUAAGAGCCUGAUACAGAGUUAGAUGCAGUUUACACCAAAAGCUUUGGCUCAAAUGGCCUCUGACAGGGACAGGCGAUGUGCGUAGCAUGCAGCAGGGUGACAUCAGAGCAUUGGAAUUCUAUCAAUAUUUCUACAAGGUCAUCUCUUCACCGUUUUUGUCACAGGUUCCAAAAGUAAUCAUCGUUGUAUCAGGGUUUUCUGCUUGCUUAUUUAUAUCUUAACCCAGGUAAUGCCUGGUGGACCCCCUGAAGACUACUCCCUAUACAUCCCAGGAAUUGGAUCUGAAAUACAAUGAUGGUGACUGAUUGUUGAGUGUGAGUGAGUGAGUGAGUGAGUGAGUGUGUGUGUGUGUGUGUGUGUGUGUGUGUGUGUGAUUUCUUAUUAAGGUCACUAAUGCCCCCCCCCCCCCCCAAGGGGUGCAGGAAGAGCCUUAGUCCUGGCCGUGCAGGGCUGGUCCUUUCUAGAGGAGGCAGAUUAUGAUUUGUGGGCACGUUGCCCUACGGGAAUACUGCCCAGUGUUGAACAGACGCUGUUGCAUUGAAACCCCCAUGCUUCUGGUUUCCCUGCUAUAGUGCCAGUAGCUGGCUGGCAAAGCCAUAACGUGUUUUCAGAAGGACCCCAUGUUUUUUGCCCCCCAAUGGCAUCCUACACCAAUAUUACCGGUUAGCAAGGGUUAAAGAGCAGAUGAGCCAGGAAGGUGGAACGUCUGCUGGACAGCACGGGCUCUAAUAUCCGUUGCCUACAGAUUCCACAUCAUCAUAAACUUGGGAAGGUGGAAAUUCUGAAGGUUAUUAGAAAGAACGUCUUCUGGCUUGUAACGUUGGGAGGCGUCCAGAGCUUGGCAGGCUUAGGAAGGGAGUUUGGAUUUUACAUGCAUACCACAAGUAUAUACAGAAGCUCCUUACUUAACGGCCAACCUGUUUAGUGACCGCUCGGACUUCUGACCAGUUCUCCGACCAGCUGGUAUAUCAUAUUUAUAAUUUUCUGUUCUGUAUUUUUAUGUUCUGUAAUACUGUACAGUAUGUAAGAGUAAGUAUGUAAGAGUUAUGCAAAGUCAAACAAAGUUACCAAGUUGGAUCUUUUCUU